AUGAAUUAUUCAAAACGUCACUUGAAUAGGCUAGUGGCUUCAGAAGUAAGGUUAAUUCAAGAAGAACUUCAAGAUUUUCAGAAUGAAUCAAGUGAUAUCAACGAAAUAAAUACAGAUUCCAUAGUGGGUGAGAUAACAACCAGUUCAACUGAAGUCCACACAGUAAAUACAAACGAAGAAUUACCUCCCAUUUUGUUUAAAGAUAAAAUUGCUCAAUGGGCAAUUGAGUGUAAUAUAGCACAUCUCCAUCUUGAUAAGUUAUUGUGCAUACUAAGGGAAGAACAUUUAGAAGUGCCAAAAUCUAGCAAGACAUUACUUCAUACUCCAGGACCUUGUAAAAUUGUUUCAGUGUCACCAGGAAAUUAUUGUCACAUUGGCUUAGAGAAGGGCAUUAGGUAUGUGUUGGAUUCCUGCAAAAAUCCUCCAAAUUUAAUAAAAAUAGACCUGAACUUUGAUGGGGUGGCUCCAACGAACACAACAACAUUUUGGCCAAUACUGGCCUUGGUUAAACAAUAUUCAGAACCAUUUUUAGUUGGUUUAUAUCAUGGGAACAAGAAACCAGAAGACCUUGCUUUAUACGUAAAACAGCUGUUGGAGGAAAUUAAACGUUUACAAAGAGAUGGUAUGGAUAUUCAUGGAAAUAAGAUUGAUAUUGUUUUAAACAAUGUAAUAUGUGAUGCACCAGCAAAGGCUUACAUUCUAAAUGUUAAAGGACAUAAUUCAUCAACGGGAUGUAAUAAAUGUGUUACAGAAGGUACAUUUAUAAAUGCAAUGAGUUUUCCCAUUUUGGAUAGCUCAUUACGAACUGAUAGAUCCUUUAGAGAAAGGCACAAUCCGGAAUACCACAAAGGACCUUCCCCAUUGGAAGAAAUUUUAAAUUUUGAUAUGAUCAAAAAUUUUCCUCUUGAUUACAUGCAUUUGGUGCUUUUAGGUGUUGCAAAAAAAAUUUUAAACACUUUAUGGAAUGGAAGAAUGGGAUUAAGACUGGUUGACACAGUAAAACAGGAAAUUAAUUUAAGGAUUGAAAAACUGAAUAUUUCACAUAGAUUAUUUGCCAGAAAACAGAGAUCCAUCAGCUUAAUAAGUGACUGGAAGGCAACUGAGUUUAGACAAUUUUUACUUUAUACAGGCCCUGCAUUAUUGUACAAGUUAUUGGAAAAUGAGCAGUAUAUUCAUUUUUUGUUUCUUCAUGUGGCCAUACGCAUUUUGUGUAAUAAGGAAAUGUGUCAAAAUCCUUUACACAAUAAUGUUGCAAAAAAAUUGAUUUUAAAAUUUGUAAGAAAUUUUGAAAAUUUUUAUGGAGAAGGUACUAUUUCCUAUAAUGUACACAAUCUUAUACAUAUUUCAGAUGAUGUUAUGCAACAUGGUUCACUGGACGAAUUUAGUGCAUUUCCUUAUGAAAAUUUUAUGUUGAACAUUAAACAAAUGACACAAACUUCUAAUUUGCAACUUCAGCAAAUUAUCAAAAGAACCCUGGAACAAAGAGGUUUUGUUACCUAUAAAAAAAAAAGUAAUAUUGAAAAAUAUUCAUCUGGAGAUGUUGUAUUUUUAAAAAACGAUUCCAUAUUUUUUAUUGAGACUAUUUCAGAAUCAGCAGCCUCAGGAAAGUUAUUUGAAAAUACAACUUUUUUUUAUAAUAAACCCCUUGAUUCCAGGGUUGUUGGAGUUUUUAGGAUUGAUAAAAGUAGUUUUAAAAAAUAUACAGUUACCCUAAGUAAAAUUUUAUGUAGAGGAGUGUUUAUUGAAAGUAUAAACAAAGAAGAUGUUGUUGUAAAAUUUUUACAUGGUCAAUAA